AUGGCGACCAACAAAUUCGACCUGGCGAGCGACGUCGAGUUCAUCAAGACUCCGCCUCAGCCGCCCUCUGCAUUCGAGGCCCAGGACUGCGGCGUCCCCACGACUGAUUCGCCUGCAAUUCACAAUGCGCCUCUGCCUGCUGAAGGUCCUGGGAGCGAGAGCUUCUCCAAUAUUGUAUUGGGGGUGUUCAUCGUAGGCGUCCCAUGGUUCCUCGCCCGCCUGAUUGGCGGUGGUUUCAAGACCAAGAUUUUCUUUGGCCUCAUCACUCUGUUCCCUAUUCUGAUUGCCUACUGGACCUACAUGUCCUCGUUCGGCCCGCGCAUCAAUGACAAGGCCAGAUUCCCGGGUCGCCCAAUUGACUCGUAUGUAACCUUCAAGGACCCUGAAGACCAGGCAAAAUGGAAGGGUCGCAACAAGGUGCCCAUCCAGACCUUUUCCGAGCUCUAUGUCGAUGGCAAGGCUGAUAUCAAGGGCGACGCCCUUGAUAUCUUGGAGUACCGCCAUGAUUGGUCUACCUUUAGCUUCACCUGGGACCUGUUCAAGUUCAUCCUGUUCACUUUCGGUCCCGAUGUCAUCUUCCACACCAAGGAGCAGGACAUGGAACAGAUCCGUCCCAACUAUGACAAUGGAAAUGACCACUACUCUUAUUUCCUUGGCCCGCGCAUGAUCUACACCAGUGGUAUUAUUUCCGACACCACCCGGGAGGAGACUCUGGAAGAGCUGCAAGACAACAAAAUGGCUAUUGUCUGCGAGAAGCUUCAACUCAAGGAAGGCGAGACCAUGCUCGACAUUGGUUGUGGCUGGGGCACCCUGGCCAAAUUCGCUAGUGUCAACUACGGCGCCAAGGUCACUGGUAUCACGAUCGCGGAAACUGGAGCAGCAUGGGCUACCGACGCUCUUCGCAAGGCCGGCGUUCCCGAGGAACAAAGCAGGAUUCUCUGCAUGGACUACCGCGACGCCCCCAAACAGAAGUACAACAAGAUCUCGCAGCUCGAAAUGGGUGAACACGUCGGUGUUCGCAAGCUUACCGGUUUCUUCCGCCAGUGCUACGACAUGCUCGAGGAUGACGGUGCCAUGUAUGUGCAGCUUUCCGGUCUGAGACAGGCAUGGCAGUACGAGGACUUUAUCUGGGGAUUGUACUUGAACAAGUAUAUUUUCCGUGGUGCCGACGCCUCUACUCCGCUCUGGAAUUACGUUCGGUCUCUUGAGAGCGCUGGAUUUGAAGUUAAGAGUGUCGACACUGUCGGUGUGCACUACUCGGCGACUAUCUGGAGAUGGUACAGGAACUGGGUUGGCAAUGGCGACACCGUCAAAGCCAAGUACGGUCAGCGGUGGUAUAGAAUCUGGGAGCUCUUCCUCGCCUGGUCUGUCAUCGCCUCUCGCCAGGGCAGUGCCACCUGCUUCCAAAUCCUGGUGGUCAAGAACCUCAACGCGGUCCACCGUAUCGACGGAGUCAGCUCGCAGUUUGGCCUGUCUGGUGCUCUCGCCAAGGCCAAGGCAGCUGGCAAGGCUCUUCUCAAGUAG